CUUCGCCGAUAAGUAUGCUUGCGCGGCAAAGACAUUUUUUUUUUCUUCCUCUCUCUCGAUCGAUCUAUUUCUAGCUGUCCAGCAACUGCCCUCGUCUCACUCGAGCAAGCAUUUUGUUACUAUUAUUUUUGUCCUUGGUAUAGUACAAUGUUCGAUGACGCACUAUAAAACAAAAAAUUCCCGCACCCUCUCUGUCGCUAAACCGCAACGAUUCUCGUUCCCUUCCUAGUUAGCCGAUCGAUUUUAAUUUUCAGGUUCCUCGGAUCUUGACUGCAUGGACGCGUCCCUGCCGUCAUGCCCGGACAACGGCCCGCCGACGGCUUCGCCGCCGCGCGCCGCCCCGGCGCUCAGCGCGUCCGAGCGGGACCUCUGCGACUUCAUCUGCAGCGGCCCACUGGUGGAGAGGAUCGGCUACACCAAGGAGAAGGUCGCCGACUCCAUCGACCGGUGGCUUCGCUGCGGGGCUCAGGUGGCGCGCCUCCUCCGCCUCGACGAGCUCCAGCUGUCGGAGGCCGAGAAGGCCCGGAUAUACCAGUUCUACAUCCCCGUCUUCCUCUGGUGCGAGGACCAGGUUAUAGAGCACAGAGCCAAGUACGACGACGGCGACGACAUCCCGCCAUUGGUGAUCGGGCUCAGUGCUCCCCAAGGAAGCGGAAAGACGACUCUAGUCUUCGCACUUGAUCAUCUUUUUCAGGCUGCUGGUAGGAAAUCCGCCAUAUUGUCUAUAGACGACUUCUAUUUGACAUCAAAAGAGCAGAAUGAACUGAGGAACAGAUAUCCUGGAAAUGCUCUUUUAGAGCUCCGUGGAAAUGCUGGAAGCCACGAUCUACAAUUCAGUGUUGAAACACUCGAGUCACUGAUGAAACUAACAAAGGAAGGCAUCAAGAUGAAGGUUCCACGGUAUGACAAGUCUGCUUUUGGGGGAAGAGGCGAUCGUGCUGAUCCUUCUGUAUGGCCGGAGGUUGAAGGGCCAUUAGAGGUUGUUCUGUUUGAAGGAUGGAUGCUUGGAUUUAAACCUCUUCCAAAUGAAGUUGUGAAAGCAGUGGAUCCCCAGCUCGAGGUGAUUAACAAGAACCUAGAAGCAUACUAUGACGCUUGGGACAGGUUCAUCAAGUCCUGGAUCGUUAUAAAAAUUAGAGAACCUAGUUGUGUCUAUCAGUGGAGGCUGCAGGCAGAGAUAACCAUGAAAGCAGAUGGAAAACCUGGAAUGUCUGAUGAGGAGGUUAUGGAUUUUGUAUCACGCUACCUAUCAGCAUACCACGCAUAUUUACCCAAGUUGUACAAAGAGGGACCGAAUGGUUCAAAGCCAGACCAUCUACUGGUCAUCGACAUAGACGAAGGGAGGAAUCCUAUUUGCGGUUGAAAUCCUUAUGAGUAUUUCACAAAUAAAUCCUUGUUGUACAACGUACAUUUGCUGAAAUGGAACUUGAAAUAAAUCCUUGAUGUACAAUGUACAUUUGCUGAAAUGGAACUUAUGACCCCACAGUGGAGCAUGGGCAUAUUUCUGGGACUUCUUAUGCCUAGCAAAGAGCACUGCCCUCUUGUUUUCUAGAUUUAGUUCAAAUAUAUCCCAAUUAUGUAAAUUUCAUGUACACGCAUAUUUCUCCUCAUAUUUGUGCUUAAACUUAUAUAUAAUCAAUCAGAGAAAUGCUCUGGUAGUGGUA